AUCGGGCUGCUGACGAAGUACGGGUACCCGGCGGAGGUGCACGAGGUGACGACGGACGACGGGUACAUCCUGUCGCUGCACGCGUGCCCUACUCGCCGCGUCGCCCCUGCAGGAGGGCAAGCAGAAGCCCGUGGUGUUCCUGCAGCACGGCCUGCUCUGCUCUCCGCCGACUGGUCGUCAUGGGGCCCCGGCGCCGGCUUCGCGUACAUCUUGGCUGACGCUGGGUACGACGUGUGGAUGGGCAACGCUCGCGGGAACACGUACAGCCGUCGCCACAUCAAGUACAAGCCCGGGGGAUUGUUUAACCGCAAGUUCUGGAACUUCGACUGGCACGAAGUGGGCCUGUACGACCUCCCCGCCUCCAUCGACUACGUGCUGGAGCAGACUGGCGAGGAGAAGCUGUUCUACGCCGGCCACUCCAUGGGCACCACCGCCUUCUGG